AUAUAUCUUUUUUUUUUUCUUCUCAGGUUGUGUACAAUGGAAAUCAAAGUGUCCGUGGACGGUCUGCCACGUUUGGUUUGUGGAGUGACAGAUGAGACAACAUGCCAAGAAGUGGUCACAGUGUUGGCUCAAGCCCUGGGCCAGCCUGGACGCUACAUGUUACGCGAGACGUUCAAAGACUUCGAGAGAUGCAUGGCGCCAGCUGAGCGGCCUCUGGAGAUGCUAAAGAAGUACGGGGAACACGCCAAAGACGUCCAGCUCACUUUGCUCCACAGCGGCCCUUCAGUUUCCGACGAAAUGAGCAGGGCCAAAGUGGGCCGACACCAGCCUUGUCCGCCACUGCGCAGGAAAGAAACCGGCGCUAGAGGUUGGCCUCGCAGCGGGUCGCUCAAUCUGCAUCGCCAGAGCUUCCCGCUGUCCUGCUUGAGACGCGACACAGACCAGAACAACGAGCACCUGAAAAGACCCAAAAGAAAGUCCCUGACCUUCAUGGAGGAGGCUUGGGAAUGGCUGGAGAAUCUCGGCAAAACACAAGUUUAUAGUACAUCUUGCGAUCAGGAAAGUGGCAAGAAAAAGCCAGAAAAAAAUCAACGAACUUUUCUGAGUGUCACACUUUCCGCCGCGAGGAAGAGUCCACGGGAGCAGAGUCAAAUCCGAGGUCACAGAAACUCAAAGUCCGACUUGGACCAGACAUCUUGCUGCAUGGGAAGCCAGCAGAGGGUGAAAGAAAAUAAAAAGUCCAAAAAAACACGUGCAGAGAAACUCGAUAGCUUCUCGAAUUCUAACAGCGAAGAUGAAAAAAAUCAUCUAAGAGAGACUAUCAUAUGCCAGCUCAGCUACCUUCAAAAGCUCCAGGUCCAGAUAGGGUGUGUUGACAAUGAGAUUUUAGAGCUGGAGGAAAGCGAGAGGACCAGGGAAGAGCAGAAGCUGAUUGAAGAAGAAAUGGAGCAGAUCAGAUUCUGGGAGAAUGAAUUAAAGGCAGAAGAAGAGUUUGAGAGAGAUUUGCAGAAUCAGUUUCAUGACAUGAAAGCCAAAGUUGUGGACUGCAAGGCCAAACUGGAAGACUACAAAAACGAAAUGCAAAAACUGAACUUCUGUGAAGCGCAAAAUGUUGACUCCAAAGGGGGCCGACGAGUUGCAGAUGACAAUCGGACCAAAGACUCCAACAGGCAGCUCUUUGAGACAGAACUAGAUGUAAAUAGUGACAGGAAGUGGACGCCCAGAAAUUUCAACCCCUCUCCUGCUUCAUUUCCCCCAAGUCAGAUAAAGGAGCGCCGGCCCACCGGGCCGGCCGAGCUCAGGGAGUGGUGGGCAUGCUGGUCUGCAGGCCAAAACUCCAAAUCAAACAAAAAGACGACUGAGAUACACCGCUCGGAGCUCACGAUUUAUUUAGGCAGUACCAAAGAUUAAUGAAGCAAGGGAAAAGUCAUUGCGAGUUGUUGGGCACUUUGUUACUAUUUUGAUAUUUCUCAUGUAAAUGUUUAGAAAGCACCAAUGCUGUCAAACCAACGUUGCUUGCAUGUACUCCGAUAUGAAAAGAGAUUUUGUCAUGACCACCUUAAAGUUACUGCUUACCAGUGUCCACAAUCUAUUUUCGUAUUGUGCCAUGGGGGGUGGGGCGGGGGGCAUGGGUGCCUGAAGAAAUGCCCCUUUCCAAUGUUGCCCAAAGUGCCCCCGGUGUCCGAAAAAGCAAGUGUCAUUUAGUAUUCUGUGGUCAAGUGCCUGCAAGAUACUGUCAGGUUUUUGAGAGUCUUUGUAUCUUAUUCCUGGCCUAAAACAAAAUCAAAUGCGACUAUGAUAUCUCCCUCCAUUGUCUUUAGUGUUGACCUUUACAUUUUUUUUUACCAUUUCCAUGAAAGGAGCUCUUCUUUUGUUGAGACAAAUGUUCAGUAGCGUGCGCUAAAUUUUUGUUGAAU